AUGCUCGUCGGUCUAUGCGGAGGCAUAUGCGCGGGCAAACAUGCGAUUGCCGAAUACCUGAUCCGGCACCAGGGCUUCCAGCUCCUCGAACUGUCUAGCAAAUCCCCUCACCGUACCACCGAUCAGCUGGGGGACGACCUCAGAUUACAAGCUUCGGAGAUCGGCAAAUCCGGCGUGCAGUCGGACUUCGUUUUUGAAACCGCCGAUUCCCUCUUGGACUUCGCGACAAAACGAUGGCAAGAACGUUGGGUGACAACCGAUAUUGCGAACGGCGAGACGCUCGACCGCUUUCUCUUGCGCCCUUUUUUCCUUCUCGUGAGCGUUGACGCCCCCGUAAGCCUCCGCUGGAAGCGAUUCUCCGACCGAUGCCGGCGAAGGCAACUGGACCCUCCCGAUCUGGAAAAGUUCGUACUGUGGAAUGACCGCCAUCUUUAUGAAAAGGACAUCGGACGCGUGUAUCUGACCGGCAGGGCCCACGUGCGCUUAUUCAACUCCUCCUCGUCCCUGCGCGAGCUCUAUCAGUCUCUCCAGACGUUGGACCUGGCGGAUGAACAAAGACUACGACCGAACUGGGAUCAAUACUUCAUGCAAUUAGCAUCUCUUGCAGCACAAAGAAGCAACUGUAUGAAACGAAGAGUAGGGUGCGUGCUCGUUCGGGAACGUCGGGUCAUCAGUACCGGCUACAACGGGACUCCUCGACACCUGACGAAUUGUAACGAAGGUGGAUGCCCACGUUGCAACCGCGGUGACGGCGGUGGUGUCGGUCUUUCCACCUGCCUUUGCCUUCACGCCGAGGAAAAUGCAUUGUUGGAAGCUGGUAGAGAGCGGAUUCGAGAAGGUGCAAUCCUCUAUUGUGAUACGUGCCCUUGUUUGACUUGUACCGUUAAAAUUGCCCAGGUUGGAAUCUCCGAAGUUGUUUAUUCGCAGGGGUACAACAUGGACAAGGAUAGCGCUGCCAUCCUUGAGGCCGCGGGCGUCCGCCUGCGGCAAUUCAGCCCGCCAUCAAAUGGACUCAUCUAUCUGCAGGGCCCUAUUGGAACUACCGCAACUUGA